AUGUCGGGCCAUAACGCGCCGAGCCCAGCGCCUCGGAGCGCAAGUAUCGGUCCAAAUGUCCCCUUGACGACACCAACCGCCGCACCUCUGGUCAAUGGCGUGGCUAGUGUAUCCGUGUCUGGGGCAUCGGCAACGACAACAGCUGCUGGGGGCACAGGUAGUGGAGGCAGCAUGUCACAACAGAAUCUGAAUCAAAUUGUAAUCGAUUACCUUGCGAAGAAAGGCUAUCACCGCACCGAAGCUACGCUACGAGCCGAGUCUUCUAAUCAAGAAGUUCCCCGGGACUCAUCUAUCCAGCCUCAAACCUCAGGUCCGCCCCGCUACCAGGAGAUGUUUAGUCGGUUGAAGGCGUGGACCGAUGAUGCGCUUGACAUUUACAAACCCGAAGUGGCACGAGUUUUAUGGCCUUUUUUCGUCUAUUCCUAUUUCGACCUGGUCAAGCAGUUCUAUCCCAAAGAUGCAACGCGAUUCUUCCAAAAGUUUAGUGAAGAUUUCAAAAAGGAGCACGAGUACGACCUACGAAGUAUCGAGCAUAUUACUCUACCGGAACACAGCGAGGACAAGAUCGCGAAACUCUAUCGUGACAAUAAGUAUCGACUGUCGCUCAGUUCACCGGCAUUUACCUAUCUCAUGCAAUUUCUGGAAAGCCUGCCUGAGGUCGGAUUCAAGCUCUUGAUCAAUAUCGUGGAAAAGAACCUUGACCUUCGCCAAGUUGAGCGAGGCGCAGAUGACCGAUUCAGCUUCGCAGCCAUCAUCGCACGAGGAGCUGAGGGUCAAGACAUGCCAGCUGAAGAUGAAGGAAUCCCCGGGCAUCGACCCGGCAACGCAGUCUCGUCUACGGAUCCCAACGUUGGAAACAAUCUUGCGACACUGAAGCUCGGCAAACUCGCCAUGGAAAAGGAAGCCGAAGAAGACGUGCGUGCUGAGGUCAGCGAGCUCGAUUUGAGUGUUCCUCCCAAGGACGGACAGGCGAGUUUAUUGCAGACGCAUGAGAUGCUCAACAUCAAACAAGAGGACGAAGAUGAAGGACCCAAUCGAGCAGAGAUACCAUUUCCACCAUCGACCGCCCGCGAUGUCGCCAUGGAAGUACAAAAAAUACGUGAGAAUCGAGAUCGACUGAAGGUGGAAUCCCGCACUGGCGGUAUUGGACCUGGCCUCAGCGUGGUCAUGUACACAUUCCACAACACCCAUGACAGCAUGAUCUGCCUCGACUUUUCUGGCGACCAGAAACUUUGUGCGGCGGGAUUUCAAGAGUCGUAUAUUCGAAUCUGGACCUUGGAUGGCUCGAGUCUAGGCAGCUCGGUCAAUGGCCAGUCAUCCAAUUCGCAGCGUCUCAUUGGUCAUGCAGGGCCGGUCUACAGCGUUGCCUUUGCCCCGUCAACAGUGAAACCAAGUGGUGACAUUGGGGAGACGGAUACCAAGUGGCUUCUCUCAUGCUCGCAGGAUUCCAGCAUCCGACUUUGGUACUUGGAUACCUUCCAAUGCAUGGUGGUCUACAAGGGUCAUGUUGGGCCAGUCUGGUCCAUCUCAUGGGGACCUUAUGGCCACUAUUUUGCCAGUGCUGGCCACGACAAGACUGGGCGGAUCUGGCAAACCGAUCACAUUCGCCAAGUUCGCAUCCUUGCCGGGCACGACGACGACGUUGAUGUUGUUGCUUGGCAUCCCAACUCGAGCUAUGUCUUCACCGCGUCCUCAGACAAGACAGUCCGCAUGUGGGCUCUCAACAAUGGCAAUCCUGUUCGAAUGUUCACUGGCCACAUUUCUAUGGUGACUGCAUUGGCAUGCUCCCGAAAUGGAAAGAUUCUUGCAUCGGCCGACGAUACCGGGGUGAUUCUACUCUGGGAUCUGGGGCCUGGUCGGCUACUGAAGAAGAUGCGUGGGCACGCCAAAGGCGGAGUCUGGUCGCUUAGCUGGAGUGCUGAGUCUACAGUCCUUGUGUCUGGCGGAGCCGAUGGAACGGUACGGUCCUGGGACGUGACUGGUCCCGCGAAGAGAUCAGCUACACCGGCAUCGAAGGCAGACGGCAGUGGUGGUACGACGGGAGGGAAAGUCGAGGGCAGCGUGGGCAACGCAGUGGGGCCUGGUGGGGCUGGGGUUGCGGCGUCAACAGGCGCUGGGUUGAACAUAUCCAGUGGCGCAACAAGUACAUCGGGGACGACGGCAGGGAAUGUUGCAGGUGCGCAUCUCAAAAAGCGCGGAAAGGACGCCGUUGUUACUAGCGACCAGAUCUCGGCGUUCUUGACAAAGCAGAGCCCUGUUUAUCUGACACAGUUCACGAACAUGAACCUUGUUCUCGCUGGAGGAGCAUAUCUGCCAGAGCAAGGCAAGUGA